AUGUGGAAACUACUUCUCUUCCUGGUGCCACUCGUCUUGCCGGGCACCGCUGCUCUUGUAUCGCGUGGUUCGGCGGGGCAACGGCCAAUCGACCGCUUCUCCGUUAACGAUGAGACAAGGUGUAAAGUCAGCCAUGUGACGAGAUACGACAUGGCGAGGAAACGGAAUCCUGUAUUCUUCUCCACCAGCCCCCUGGAUGACCUGGAACAACCCAGUAUCGAGCCGAUGAACUCGACGGCUGGAGAACAGUGGGAAUUUGACGGGGUCUCGGAAGAUGGCAUGCAGGCAUUCGUCUUUGGGUUCUACCGGGAUCCCAACUUCUCCUUCUUCGGAGCUGGCAAUUUACGCGUGUACGCCGAAUUUGCGUUUGCUAAUGGCUCUCGUUAUGCGAUAGUGGACUAUGCCGAGGAGUCGACCAUCGAGUCUUGUCCGCACACAGGCACGCGCGGGAUUUGGAAAGCUGACGACUGGGCUUACAUGUUUGAGAUCUCAGCCGACAUGUCGCAGACGAGGAUCACCGUUAGCAACCCAGAGGCUGAGAUUACAGUUUUGAUGGCGUCUAUAUCGCCUCCACGUACCUCAUUUUUACUGGACCGAGCCUGUCCCCGUGGCCGAAGUGGCCGUCGAUGCCACGAUCUACGGCGAGACGUUGUCAUGGUCGGGAAUGGGCGGGCAUGA